AUGGCGAUAUCUGAGAACAUCAUCGUCUACAUGCUCCGAUACUUCUCCAUCUCCCUCGCCUCGUCCAUCUUCAUCAUUCACGUCCUCUCCAUCAUAGCGUGUCGAUUGAUCAUUGAUUUGGUAUUUUUAACCCGUAAUUCCAUGCACAAAUAUUUAAAAAGCAGUACCGAUAAUGUUGUGUCGGUCUUUGUCGAUUCUAUACAAAUAUUGGAUCUGACGAUGCUCUGUACCUGUACUUUAUUCUACUUCCACGCAUGCCAACUUCAAAUAAGCACGACGAUAUCAAUUGUGCUGUCACUUUUCUACUUCCUAUCUUUCAACCGUAGUGUAUGCAGCCAUCAGAGCAUCAUUUAUUUAAUCUUCUCGCCAUUUCAAACCAUCUCAUUAUCGAAAUUUAAAAAGGACGCGCGAUAUAGAAAUAAAGUUCAAUACCUACUUUUCCUUCCUGUUCAAAUAAUCUUAGUGACUUUUCUUUACAAGCCAUUGUUUAAGUUCAUUCUCAAAGAAAUCGUUUUCACGGCAUGCGAAUGCGACGACUUCAAUACCCUGCUGUGCCAGGUACCGACUGAGAAUGGACACGCGGCGAUGCUACUCGAAUUUUUUGGAACAUUCCUAGUUGGAUUGUUGAUAUAUUUGUUGGGAGAUGAAGUGUCUUUGGUGCCGCUGGUGUUGAUUGCAAGAUCGCUAAUCUUUUCAGUUCUGCGUGUAAUGGGCACUCAGGAGAUACCUUUUAUCCACAUCUUCCCCCUCUCGUCAUACAUCAACUACCUCGUAUGCCCCCACCACUUCCACACCAACCUUCUCUUCAUCCAUUCACUCACACCAAUGUUAACGUCAUUUUUAUUCUGGUGGAUUUUUCACGAGGAUCCGGAACUAGAUGGCAAUGACGUAAUUGGUGAAUCAGUUGAACCCGUCGACAAUGGUGUAUACAAUCUGACGUCACAACCAUUUGAACGAUUGCUCGAUGAAAACUUACAAAAAUCUACCUCAGCAAAAGAUGGAGAGAACGAUGUGCAGUCUUCACUAGCCAGUUGUCGACUGGACAGUCGCAUCAUGAACGGUCAUUUUUCUUGCGGAAGAAAUUACUUAAGUGAAAUGAGUGAUCUGGAUGAUGACGAUAGUAUCAAAAGUUGCGAUAACGUUAGCGAUGGUGAAUCAAGUAAUCACGGUGAUGUUGAUGGUAACAUCUACAGUAAAAGAAUAGAUAUAGAUAUUGUCAGUGUCAGCGAUGAUUCAGUGGUGGGGAAAAACACAUUUUUAUCAAAGAUGAACAUGAGUCAUGGUGAAGCGGACAUGUUUCAAAAGUACGGCGAAACUUCGAAGACACAUCCGAAAAAACAACGACACAGCAAACAUGAUCGACGGCAUGAACAACAUCAACCAGACCAGCAUCAAAAACAACAACGUCAACCACGUAAUCGUCAAAAACAGUCGCGACACCAGCCGCCAGGUUAUUGUGACGCGGCGACAAAACAGUCUCGCCACAGUGGGACAACCACAAACCAUUCAAACCACAUUCAAACCCCAAUUAACAACUUCGGUCUGAGGAUGAACGCAAACGAAUAUGACAGCGUUGAUGACAUUCUCGGUUGCAACAAUAAAACUGCGUUAAACAUUCAAAACAAUAACACGAGAUAUAAAUAUAGGUGUAAUCUAAAAUGCAAUGAAAGAAAUGAUCAUUCAAAUGAACCUAAAGAGUGGAAUAAACAUUUUAAACGUAAAACGAAAAAUUUGUGGCAAUGGUUUAAAAAUUCCGUAAACGAUACAUUUAAUAGUUUUUCUCCGUAG